UACCCCUUUGUUGUCGGCACACAGGCAUGCGGCAGGGGCCGAACACUGCCGACUGAGGGCCGAACAAGCGUGCGAGUCCCGCCACUUGGUUUGAUUUCGAGGAAAGAGCGAGAAAGAUAACUUGUACAUAAACUGGCGAGUAGACGAUUCGUAUUUGGUUGAUUCUGCACAAGUCUACAGGUAUCGAGUAAACAGGAUUUGUGAGUGUGCGUGGUAAAGCAAUUAAACGCAGAAUUGCCAGAGUUGUGUAUAAACAACAGGCCAACUGUGCGUGGUUAAGGAAUUCGUUUGUCGUGUUGUUUAUACUUGCCGGCAAACUGCAGCAAGACAAAGGCGCAAGCUGUUAUUGCACUGUUUUGAGGUAAUGCUCAUGUAUCUUCUGAUUUUACAUGAGCAAUCUGAACCAAGGUGGACAGUACUGAGAACAAAGAUAAACUCAAUUGUUAACAUCACUUACCACUAUCUUUAGAUAAGGAUUCGCACUAAGUAUCACGUAGUCAAGUAGUCGAGCAAAAUAUAGUAAAGUAUCAAAAAUGCCAACGGCAGUGGGAAAUUGCGAUCCCGAACGGCUAUCUGAGAUCAAAACUAUUCUCAGGGCUCUAUUGAUAUCGAAUGGUAAGCUAGAUGUUACGUUACCCCGUCUUAAUGGCAUGUUCAGGGAAGAAGAAGGCGAAAACAUUCCGUUCAGAGAGUUCAACUAUUCAAGUUUACAAGAAUUUUUACGUAGUAUGCCCGAUGUCAUGAUCCUUCGAUACAAUAGAGACCACCAGCUUUGUGCCUACCACGUCGACACCGAGGAGUCGGCACAUAUUAGCUCUUUAGUUUCAAGACAAAAAAAGCCGCAAAAGAAAGCUGCCAAAUUCAAUGUUAGUUACAAACCUCGUGGAAACUCUCAUGGGAAUUAUUAUUCUAAUUAUUCCAGACCUGCACAUUCAAGUACAACGUCAACAUUAAAUUCACUACGUCUAGUUUUGGAAGAAUUAAGAAAGGCUCCAAAACACUUUUCUUAUGAUAUGGGAAUUAGAAAAUCUGAUAUCUUACAGAAACUCAAAGAGAAACCUGGUAGAAGUUCAAUAAACAAUUUACAUACCCUUAGUACUAAAUUAAAAGAAUUGUCUCAGUAUUUUGUAGUAGAUGAUGAUUUUGUCUAUUUUAAAGAGGAUGUUUUCACAAACAAUAUUAACACAGGCUCGCAUUCUGCACAAAAGUCAACUAAAUACGCUUAUCAAAAUUUACAAGUUAGAAGUGCUCCCAGGCAAAAAAUAGAAAUCGUUCAACAAGCUAAUGAAUACCGGCCUGUCAUUAACCAGUCAACUCCUCAAUUUAAUAAUGUGGAGAGGCCAACUCAAAGUAGCCAGAUGCCAUUUACGUCACAACAAUCUGAUCAAACUCAGCAAGUAACAUUGACAAAUGUUCAACAAGUCAACUAUGCAAAUGAAUUAAUAAACGAAAGAAUGAAAUUCAGAUUACAGAAAUUAAUAGAAAAAUAUCCAGAAGGGAUUUGGGCAGCAGAUUUACCUAACAUUUACUAUAAAGAGUACAACAUAGAUUUGAAUUACAAUGAAUUAGGGUUCAACAGCAUAACAGAAUUUGUAUCAGCUGUACCGGAGAUCUUGAGUAUCACAGAUCCAGAUGACACAGGUAGACAUAUGGUUUUGGAUGCCAAGAUACCAUUGGAUAAAACUGGAAGUAAACAACAAACAAAAACUCUAGCUUCACAAUAUAAUUUUGAUGAUUUCAUUGCUACAGAUGCAGAGCCAAUUCCAAAUAAACUAUCCCCGACAGUAUGUCAAAAAUUUAUACCUGAGGGCAUGAUGGGCUUUGAUGAAACUGUUGAACACAUUAGCGUUAGAUCAUUGGAUCAUGAAGAUUAUUUUGAAGUAAACAUCUCAGAAAUAUUCACUCCAUCUUUCUUUUGGAUAACAUUAAGAAAAAAUAAAUCAAAAAUCAAGAAACUGAUGGAUGAACUGGGUACAUUUUACCAAUCUCAAGAUUUGGAUAGAUGUAGAUUACCUCAGGUCCUGAUUGAGACAGGAUUAAAUGUUGCCUGUAUUUAUGCAAAAAUGUGGCACAGAGCAAUCAUCAAAAAAGUGAAACCUGAUGGAUAUGCUGUUGUUCUGUUUUAUGAUUAUGGUACUGUUAAAACAUACAGUCCAAAUGAUUUAUAUUAUUUGCACAAAAAGUUUUCUGCCUUGCCUGCACAAGCUAUAGCUUGUGGAUUGUAUAAUAUUAAAACACCAUAUGAUAAUGAAUGGCCUAUACCAUCCACCAACAUGUUUGUCAAUAAAGUAUGGGGAGUACCAUUAAUAGCAACAGUGUGUGAAAUAAAUGAAGAUAACAACACAAUGAUGAUAACUCUGACAGACACAAAUGAUUCUUUUGAUUUACAUCUCAACGAUUGGAUGAUAGAAAAUGGAUUAGCUGUACAUGGUAAAAUGGAAAAUACUCCAUCCAGUAAAUAUCACGUAAUUACUUCUUACGGUGUCCCGUUAGACAAGUUAUGCAUGUAUGAUGAAGAUGUAUUGCGAAAAAGGGAUCAAGAAUACGAAAAAUCGCUAACGAUGAAAGAUCAAGAUAAAACACAUUAUAUAGGCAAUAAAUACACUGAAUCUGAGAAAGUUGAUAUUAAACAUGCAGAUGUGUAUUCUAACUGCAACGUAGAUUCUUCAUUUGAUAAAUCCAGUAUUUUGACUUUAGUUCAAGAAAAUAUAAAUUUAACAAGACAAACAAACACAAUUACUCAAGCCAUUCUUUCAAACAUGCCCAUUAAUACACAAUUAGAAAGUAGAUCUACUUCAAGCUUUGAAACGACUGUCAAGAAUAAUUUUGAAAACGAGAGUUAUGUUGUAAACAAUUCGUGCUCUGAAGAUAUUAAAAAGAGUUCUUUAGACCUGAGUAGUAACCUAAAUACAAUGAAAAAUAAUUGUUCGGAAAUUAUUAAUGAUUCUCGUGCAGAUGUAUUCAAAACAAGUUCUGUGUACCUAAAUCAAAGCGUAUGUAACUCCAAUCGCGAGUUGUCAGUUUCGUCGAGUUCACUUCCAUCAAAUUACACGCAAUCAACAAAACACAAUUCAAAUGAAUUCUCCAACCAUUGGCCAUCAAACCAAUCAAUUUUUUUACAUCAAGAUACUUUAAAUUUUCAAUCGCAAUCAACACAGGAAAUCAAUCAUCAAAAUCAAGUAAAUCAAGAAUAUGAUAAAUUUAGCAUUUCAGAUGGUACACCUACAUACUACAAUAUUAAACAUGAGGACAAUCUACAGGAAAAGAUGCAAUUUAAGUAUACAUCUAAUUUUGCGAAUAUAUUGAUUGAUAAAUCUAAAAUUAACAAUAAUUUGAACGUAAAUGACGUGAAGGAAUCUGAUGAUGGUUAUCAAACAGGUAAAUUUGCGUCUAGUGCACAAAGUAGUAAUAUAUCAUCAAAUACAUCUUUCCAAUCCAAAUCUUCAUCUAUACCUGCAUUUAUUCCAAUUGAACUAAGUGAAAGAUGCUUUAGAAAAAUUAUUCACAUAUUCCAUUUGGAUAAUGAAGGCUGGAUUCCAGUUAAUGAAUUCAUUGAAUGUUUUACAAAUUUGAAACUAGAAAGAGUCAUGUUCAAGCUACUUACCAUAUUCAAUAUUAGAGUAGAUUACAAAUAUUUAACCAGAGCAGAUAAUGCUCAACUUUUUUCUCAGUUGGAUAAAAGUAAAAUCAAAGCACCAAGAGAAUCAAACAAAAAAAUUAAAAUUGAUUUCAUACUCACUCUCCUACCAUUGAAAGCAAUGUUGCAUGUGCUGGCUAAACUUGAGUUUGUAGAUCAAAAAGUCUUUAAAGAAGCAUCAAACCUGAUUAAAUUACAGAAACAAAAUGCAGCAGAUGUUGUAUUUGAAAAAUUCAACAACAAAAUUUUGUAUGAUGCACUGAACUUACUUAUACAAUAUAGACAGUUUAGACGUUUGCAUACGCCAUAAAGAAAUUUAUUAACAGAUUUUGCAAUUUUCGUUCUUUUAUUCUGCUUCUGACAGAGUUAAUUCGUCGAAAGAUAUUUUUUUUAUACUGCGUAUGGUUGUAAAUAAGUUUAGCUCUUUUUUUUUAACCAAGAGGGGUUAUGCAUUACGAUAUGUUG